CCGGCUCCCGUCCGGCCGCGGCCAUGGCGGAGCCCGGCGAGGGCCGCCCCGUCACCGUCAGCGAUGUCCAGCAGCUGGUGCGGCGCAAGGACGAGGUCGAGGCGCAGAUCAAGGCGUGCUACGAGCUGCUGGAGGGGCAAAAGGGCGUCGGGAUGCACGAGCCGCUGGUGGACGCCGAGGGCUUCCCCCGCUCGGACAUCGACCUGUACCAAGUGCGCACCGCCCGGCACAACAUCAUCUGUUUGCAGAACGAUCACAAGGCCCUGAUGAAGCAGGUGGAGGAAGCUCUGCACAAGCUGCACGCCCGGGAGAAGGAGAAACACGCCAAGGAUGAGGCAGAGGCCUUGGCCGAGGCCAUGAGCCAGAAGCAGAGCCUGCCCCAGGCCUUUGCCAAAGUGAACACCGUGACCCCGGGCUCUCCUGCCAGUGUCUCAGGACUUCAAGUUGAUGACGAGAUUGUGGAGUUUGGAUCUGUCAAUGCAAACAACUUCCAGAACCUGCAGAACAUUGCCACGGUGGUGCAGCACAGCGAGGGGAGACCCCUGAGCGUGACUGUGAUCCGUGGUGGCAGAAGGGUGCACGUGGGGCUGACUCCAAAGCGCUGGUCUGGGAAGGGCCUCCUGGGCUGCAAUAUCGUUCCUUUACAAAGAUGACCGUGACUGGGAGAACAAUAAAGCUGAAGCUUGUGCCUGUUU